AUGACAUUCGACUUGCAACGAGAACAAAGCUUGCAAUCGGAUGAACACUUCCUGGCACCGACCAAUAUUCUCGCCAGGUUUGAGACUACCGAGCCUCUGCCACAGACACAGACACCUAGCGCACUGCGCAGUGAGCUGCAUCCGCACCAGCAGCAAGCGUUGACAUUUCUCCAGCUAAGGGAAAGGGGCUGGAACACCGCCGGAAACGACCGAGGCAUUUGGACCAAAGAGACGAAUGCUUCUGGUGCUGCAUGUUAUACAAACAUCAUCACUGGCCAACAGCAGCAGGAGACCCCUCCUUCGUGGAGAGGCGGGAUACUUGCCGAUGAAAUGGGUCUUGGGAAAACUCUGAGUAUGAUUGCAUUGAUUGCAUCCGACAAAGAUGCUGAGAGUCCAACCAAACCCUUGAACCAUUUGCAAGACCGUAGACGACGGAUAGAUGCAACACUCGUAGUGGUGCCGCCUUCUACACUCUCUGUUUGGGAAACUCAAUUGGUAACACAUCUCCGUCCUAACAAAAUUGCUUGGAUCAAGCACCACGCAAAGCACCGCUUCAACCCUGCAGCGACUGCGCAUCAACCAGACAUCGUCAUCACAACCUACCAAACGAUCGAGUGUGAGAAGAGAAAACGCGGUUCGGACGCCGACUCCCUCCUCUCGCUCCAAUGGCACCGCAUCAUCCUCGACGAAGCCCACGUGAUCCGUAACCGCGCAACCGCAACCGCCAAAGCCGUCGCUUCGCUGCACGCAACAUGCCGGUGGGCAGUAUCCGGGACGCCGAUCCAGAACCGGCUAAGCGACUUCGUAGCGCUGUUCAAGUUUCUGCAGUUCCAGCCGUACGAUGACCCUAGGACCUUCGACGACGACAUCGCAAGCCUGUGGCGCGAGAACAACAUCGAGGAGGCGGUCGAGCGGGUCAAGCGGCUCUUCGCAUGUGUCAUGCUGCGUCGUCUCAAGACCACCAUCGCGCUGCCGGAGAGGCGGGACAUGGUCGUGCGCAUCCCUUUCAGCCGCGAGGAAGAGGCGCACUACCGGAGGAUCGAGAGGCCCGUGAAAGAGAUGCUCGACGAUGCGACCCAGACAAACAGUAGCGGUACCGCCGGGCUCUGGGUUAGCGCGAUCCAGCAGAUAAACAAGCUGCGCAUCGCCUGUAACUUGGGGCUCGCCGCGGCAGACUCGCAAAACUACAGACCGCCUGUACCAUUGUGGUCAAGACUGGCGGACGAUGAUAUCACUCAGAAGAUCAUUGCAACUCGCGUCUCUAUGGGUGAGGCUUCCUGCGAGCAAUGUCUACAGCUCGUCGACCUUCCCGUCUGCUAUUCCCGUUGUGGUCGGCUCUAUUGCGCCGGCUGCGCGCCUCUCUUAAGCUCUCAGAUGUCAACGCCUUGCCCAUGCGGGAGCGCCGUUCCUUGCUCACUUCAGCCGUUUCUUUCCGCUCCCGCCAUCACCACGACGCCAUAUCUCACCCCACCGAGUGAAACCUCUGCAUCUCCUUCCGACGUUGAAGGAUGCGAAACCAACGAUGCGUCCAGCAAGGUUCGAGCUUUGGUUUCAGACAUCCGUAGCAAUCUGGCUGAAAAGAGGUACUUCCCUCCCUCCAGUGUUGUCUUUUCCUUUUGGACAUCGAGCCUCGACAUGGUCCAACGCGCCCUCAAGACAGCGGGCAUCCACUGCGUGCGCAUUGACGGCAAAGUCUCCACCAGCGGCCGGCGGCGCGCUCUGGAGCGGUUCCAGAACGAUGACGCGACCAGAGUCGCCUUGCUGACCAUCUCCUGCGGAGCCGUUGGGAUCGAUUUGACCGCAGCAUCCCGCGCACACCUCCUCGAGCCGCAGUGGAAUCCCUCCUUGGAAGACCAGGCCCUAGCGCGCAUUCACCGCAUAGGGCAGACGCGACCUGUCACGACGAUUCGCUACAUCAUGAGGGACUCGUUCGAAGAGGUAAAGUUUCCCCAUUAUCGGGAGUGGCGAGUACCUGGCUAA